AUGGUGCUAGCGGAUCUGGGGCGGCGGCUGCACCAGGCGUUCUCGGACCUGCAGCGGCAGCCGACGGUGGAUGAUGCGUCGAUUGACCAGCUGCUCAAGGAUGUGUGUGCGGCCUUGCUGGCGAGCGAUGUAAAUGUCCGACUCGUGCAAAAGCUGCGGCAGGACGUGAAGGACGAAGUGCGGGCCCUGCUCAAUGACAAGGGGAAGGCUGAGACGUACUCGGACGCGCAGCGCAAGAACCAGGUGCAGCGCAUCAUCUUUGACUACCUCGUUCAGCUUGUGGAUCCUGGCGAAGGCUCGACCAAGCACCGCCUCGACAAGGGGCAGCAGAGUGUCAUUAUGUUUGUCGGCCUGCAGGGCUCAGGUAAGACGACGUCGUGUACCAAGCUGGCGCUCUGGUACCAGAAGCGCGGCUACAGGACGGGUCUCGUGUGUGCUGAUACGUUCCGCGCCGGCGCUUUUGACCAGCUCAAGCAGAAUGCAGCCAAGGCGCGCAUUCCGUUCUAUGGCUCGUACACAGAGACGGAUCCCGUCGCGAUUGCGUCGGCAGGUGUCGCGUCCUUCAAAAAGAACCGCUUCGAUGUGAUCAUUGUCGACACAUCUGGCCGGCACAAGCAGGAGAAGGACCUGUUUGACGAGAUGAUCGACAUCAGCCGCGCCGUCAAACCCAAGCAGACCAUCAUGGUCCUGGAUGCGAGCAUCGGCCAGGCCGCCGAGGCGCAGUGUCGCGCGUUCAAGGAGGCAGCUGACUAUGGUGCGCUCUUCGUCACCAAGCUCGAUGGUCAUGCCAAGGGCGGUGGUGCCAUCUCAGCCGUGGCGUCGUCGCAGACGCCCAUCCUGUUUAUCGGCACGGGCGAGCAUAUCCACGACCUCGAGCCUUUCCGCGCGCGGCCCUUCAUUUCCAAGCUCCUCGGUAUGGGCGAUCUGUCUGGGCUGAUGGACAAGAUGGAGGAGAUGCACAUGAACGAGGACGUCCAGCAGCGCCAGCGCGAUAUGAUGAAAAAGAUUCAAGAAGGCGGCACGUUGACGAUCCGCGACUGGCGCGAACAGAUCACGAGCAUCAUGAGCAUGGGGCCCAUGUCCAAGAUUGCGGGCAUGAUUCCCGGCAUGGGCCAGAUGAUGGGCGGCGAGGGACCGAACGACCAAACCGCGAACCAAAAAUUCAAGACGAUGCUCUACAUCAUCGACAGCAUGACACCCGACGAGCUGGAUUCCGACGGCAGCUGCUUCACCAAGCCCAUCCACCCAGGAACGAAAACGCCCGUGCGUCUCACCGCGCGGGCCCUGCGUGUGGCGCGCGGUAGUGGCACGAGUGUGCGUGAUGUCGAAGAGUUUCUCAUGCAGUACCGCACAAUGGCGCACAUGGUCAAGAAGGUCGGCGGCAAGACGAACUGGAUGCAGCAAAUGAAAGGUGGCGCACCGAUGAUGCCACCGGGCAUGACGCGCGAGCAGAUGCACAAAAUGCAACAGUCGCUGCCGGCCGACAUCAAGGCCCAGCUCCGUCAGCCAGGCGGCCGCGAACAGCUCAUGCGCCAGCUCCAAAGCGGCCAAGUGCCCCCGUCUCUCGCGGCCAUGGGCGGUCUCGGUGGCAUGCCUGGUAUGGGCGGCAUGCCAGACCUCUCGCAGAUGCAAAACAUGAUGCAGGGCGGCUUGGGCGGCCUGAUGCAGAAAAUGAUGGGUGGUGCCUCGUAG